AUGAAUUACACUUCAAGGUUCAUAAAGCACAACCUAGAGGAGCGAUUGAAAGUGGACAAGGGGUCAGGGUGCGAGAUGCCCUUGCUGGACCCCUUCGCGGCGGAGGUCAUGCGGUUCCACGCGGCCGCGGUCACCAUCCGGUGUGAGGGACAGGACUGGGUUAAAUGUUACCUUUCGGAAUGCCGAGUGAUCGAGCCCGUGCUCGCCCGCUACGGCGCCGUCACGUGCACGUUCCGGGACAUCCAGUACGUGAGCGACGACGUCUACCGCCGCGGGCCCGCCAGCGUGGUGCGCGGGAGCGCUGUCUACCGGCUGAGGGAGAGCGACUUCGCUGAAGUGUCUUGUAUUGGAAAGCAUAAUUUCUUUUGGAACUUCAACUACCGGUCAAGCUGGACCGGCCACGCCGCCGGUCUCCGUUCCUCCGCCAGCGCACCGCCUUCUCCACCAGGGAGGGAGAAUUCGCUGAAUGUUCUCCUCUUCGCAUAUGACUCCGCAUCAAGGAACGGCUUCAUACGACGAAUGCCUAAGAGUUACAAGUACAUCACCGAGGAGUUGAAAGCUGUUGUUCUCAAGAGUUACAACGUGAUGGGCGACGGCACCGCCGCAGCCAUGUUCCCGAUCCUGACGGGGCGCGGCGAGCUGGAGUGGCCCGACUUCAGGAAGUACGCCAGCAAUCUCACGGCCGACGUGGUCAAGUUCAUAUUCAGCACGGCGCGGGAAGACGGCUACCGCACAGCCUACUACGAGGAAGGUCACCAAGGCACCUUCCAGUACCGCUUCAACGGGUUCACACAGCCGCCGGCGCAGCACUACCUCCGCAGCCUGCUGCUGGCGGCCGCUCCCGGCGACAGGAUCUGCCGGGGGGACGUGCCGCAGUACAAACUCAUCAUGAACCUCACCAACCAGUUCUUUCACCUGGACGGCAAGAAGUUUGCGCUCUCCUUCAUAUCUGAGAUAAGCCACGAUGACUUUAAUCUAAUCACAACUUCAGACGAAGACUUUGUUGAUUUCCUCGACACGUUCAGGAGAGACGGGUUCCUGAAUAACACUCUGCUCGUUGUCAUGGGGGAUCAUGGAUCUAGAUUCGCAGGUAUCCGAAACACGUACCAGGGUAAGCUGGAGGAGAGGCUGCCUCUAAUGUCAAUCGUGUUGCCCGCGACACUGCGACAUUACGCCGCGACGCUGCGACACAACGCGCAGGUUCUGACCACCCCGCACGACAUCCACGCGACGAUACUGGACGCCAUGGGGCUGGAGAAGCUGUCUAACCCGUAUAGGAUCGACGGCGCUGAUCUGCCGAGGGCUAUGAGUUUGUUCAGGCCGAUCCCCCGCAACCGGUCGUGCAGCGAAGCUGGCAUCGAGCCGCACUGGUGCGCAUGCGUGGUUUGGCGGAACAUCUCACAGAAUCAGUCGCUCUACAAGAAAGCUGCGCAGGCGCUUGUUGAUUACAUCAAUGAGCUUACGAAACCUGUCAGGUCCAAGUGCAUGCUUCGAACCCUCUCUUCCGUGACGUGGGUUAAGCAGAUGGAAGCUAAUAAAAAGUUGCGUUCGUUUGUCAAGGGCUUAACCGCUGAGGGGUACCUCGGGAGGUUCUCGAAGGAUCCUGUGGUACCCCCCGUGGAGACUUAUCAAGUUAAGCUAACGUUGAGCCCCGGCGUUGGAAAAUUCGAAGCGACCAUGACUUACACGGUAAAAACUGAAAAAUUUUUCAUACAGAGUGGAGACAUCUCGCGGACUAGCAGAUACGGCGACGAACCGGCCUGCAUCAGCCGGACCCACCCCCACCUCGCCCCCUACUGCUUCUGCGCAGACUUUCACUCUCUACACACGCAGUACUACACAGCUAGCCCCACUACUAUACUACACUAG